AUGAGGCGCUGCAGCAGAUGGAACUACGAGUUCCGGCAGCACCCGCACGACCCCGCUGCGGUUUUCCCGGGAGCCGACGGGAGUCGGAGUUCCGAACCCCAGAGCAACCGGAAGCGGCUCUGGCUCCCGGCAGGCAGCGCGAGGAGGCGGAGGUCCACUGCUGUCAGUACAUUUGCUGGGGAAUUCCUGACGAGAUUUUACUUGUCCUUCCAUGCUGUUCUUUCUGGGGUUUCCUUGUUUCUUUUUGUGAUCCCGUUCCAGAUGGCUCAGCAGUGCAUCCAAAAUGAGUAUUUUGACAAAUUGCUUACUGCUUGCAAACCGUGUCACCUUCGAUGUUCUAAUACCCCUCCUCUACCUUGUCAGCGUUAUUGUGAUGCAAGUAAUUCAUUAUCUCUCUGAUAUUCUUUUAAUUCAGUGAAAGAAACGAAUACAAUUCUCUGGACCUGUUUGGGCCUGAGCUUGAUCGUUUCUUUGACAGUUUUCGUGUUGAUGUUCUUGCUAAAGAAGAUGAAUUCAGAACCAUCAAAGAAUGAACGUAAAAGCACAGGAUCGGCUCUCCAGAACGAGGUGAACGCUGACCAGGAGGAGGGCCGUGCUAGCAGGACUGGUGAGGAAGUUCUCUUGAGGGGCCUGGAGUACACAGUAGAAGAAUGUACCUGUGAAGACUGCGUCAAUUCUGAAUCAAAGGUCAAUUCUGACCAUUUCUUUCCACUUCCGGCUAUGGAGGAAGGUGCAACCAUUCUUGUCACCACGAAAACAAAUGACUACUGUAACAGCCUGCUAGCUAGUAUCACAGAGAUGGAGAAACCCAUUUUUACCAGAUAA